CGCAGUUUCUCGGGUCGUUUCAAGCGCGCCGCAUUGCAUUGGACAAAGUUCAAUAAUCACGAAUUCCUACGGAUUACAUAGCAAGAUGGCAAAACGGGCUGCCGGCUUCCUCAUAUUUCGUCGACUGUGCGAACGUAUCGAAUAUCUCAUGUUACAAGCCUCGUAUGGCCAGCACCACUGGUCUCCUCCAAAAGGUCACGUCGAUCCAGGGGAAGACGACUACGCGACAGCCUUGCGAGAAACUACAGAAGAAUCUGGAUACCAGGAGAGCGAUUUGAAUAUUCACCGAAAACAAAGUUGUACCUUGCACUACAAGGUAAAAGGACACGACAAAGUAGUCGUCUACUGGCUGGCGGAACUACGAAAUGCAUCGCAGGAAGCUAAGCUUUCUGACGAACAUCAGGACAUGAAAUGGCUUGAGUGUGAGGAGGCGAUAAACAUUUCGGGAUACGAGGAUUUCGCGAAGAUGGUUCGCGAAUUCGAUGCCAAAAUCAAACGGAACGAGCUGUGAAAUGUGAAUCGAUGUGUGUUUUUGUCUGUGAGCAAGUUAUUUAUCGCCUUGCACCAUUUUUGCGCCAUGAAGAUUUACACCUAUACACACGCCAACAAAACAAACAAGCAACUGCUCUAAUUGGAUAAUGAAAAAUAUCGAUUAUUUUAUUACUACUAUUGAAUACAAGCGUUGAUUGUAUGAUGCAUGCCAGUGAAUCAUUCGCUUAAAAGAAAAGUCUAAUAAAUGAGUCAUACUUUGCCACCAGGCAACAGA